GUCCCAGAUUGUGUCUCGCAGCCACUGGGGUUUGGGUAUGUAGCGGGUCUCGGUCGAGGUUUACGGUUAGGUCCAGGUGGGCAACGUCCAUCUGCGGCUGCAGUGGCUGGUGGCAGUGUGCAUGCCGAUGGUGGAGCAGGUGAGUGACAUCGACCAACACCCGGGGGUAGGGAGAUGCUCAAGUGUGUUAGGCUGUCGCAAAUGGCGCACGAACAGUGCGCUGUGCAGAUGGAUAGCGCUACAUUGAGUAUGGCAAUAAAUAUAGGACCAUGCCAUCUACAUCCGCUGGGGACUGCGAAAACACGCGCCUUGAGACCCGGCUCCAUAGUUGGCCGCUUUGUGGUGCUGCUGUAAUAUUCUGGGCCAUAUCCAUGGGAGCCUCGCAAGGCGCGUUGUAUUUCACCCUCGCCUCAGCCAUGCCCAACCCCAUCGUUUUCUUCGACAUCACCAUCGGCGGCAAGGACGUCGGGCGGAUCAAGAUGGAGCUGUUCGCCGACAAGGUGCCCAGGACAGCCGAGAACUUCCGCCAGCUCUGCACCGGCGAGCAUCGGGUAAACCACGCUCCGCAGGGGUACAAGGGCAGUCCGUUCCACCGCAUCAUCAAGGGGUUCAUGGCACAGGGUGGCGACUUUGUCAAGGGCAACGGCACGGGGCGCACGUCAAUCUACGGCGACAAGUUUGCCGACGAGAGCUUCGAGCUCAAGCACACAGGUCCUGGUCUGCUGUCAAUGGCCAACAGCGGCGAAAACACGAACGGGUGCCAGUUCUUCAUCACGCUUGCCGAGGCGCCGUGGCUCGAUGGCAAGCAUGUGGUGUUUGGGAAGCUUGUGGAUGGGCUGCUGACGCUGCGCAAGAUCGAGAACGUGCCGACUGGACGAGACAACAAGCCCACGCUGCCGGUGCUCAUAUCGGAGUGCGGUGAGAUGUAAGCCAUAUUCCAACUGUAGAGCCG